UGAGCCACUGCACCUGGCCUCUUAGGGCUUUUUUUUGGCAGAGACCACAGGUUGAUUGAUUCCUCACCCAGGCCAGAGGCAGGGGCUCCAGACUGUGGUUGGCAGGGGCAGGUGGGGCUGUGUGUGGAGAAUGGCUGGCUCAGUAGGCCCUCAUGCUGCUGGGGAGAGGUGGGCUUCUGGGGUGCGUGGUCAGCUGCCGGGAGGAAGGCAGGGGUUCCCAAACCUUGUGCUCAGAUGUAUUCCUGACCAAGGACUUUGGCCAGAGCCCUGGACCUGGCUCAGAGCCUGAUUCCCAGUAGAGGAUGAGGGAAAUUGUUGUUGGAGUUUCUCUUUCUGGGAAAUAGGUUUCCUUGGCCUCAUUUUACAGAUGAGAAAACCUGAGACACAGAGAGGUCAAGUGCCUUGUGCAGUGUCACACAGCCUAGGCACUGAAUACUGGCACUGGUUAUCAGAUUCUCAUCCUCCAAAGGCUCUGUCCUGUGCUCCACAGCUCGUCAUUUCUCUAUUGGCCUAAAGAGGGUCUUACUUGUCUACACAGCAACUCAGCUGCCCAACCAUCUUUGGGAGGCUGCAGUGUGCAGGGGGUCUCGCCCUGGACCCUGGAAGCCUGGGUUUGAGUCCCAGCUUGCCCACUGGCCUGCUGUAGAACUCAAGCAGACUCCUCUGUGCAGUAUUCAGUUUCCCCACCAUCAACUGGAACCAUUCUGGAAGUCAGGGCCAGAGCCAGUUCUUGGAGGAGACUCGGCACAGGGCAUGGAUCACUGUGGUACCCUUUUCCUGUGCCUGUGCCUUCUGACUUUGCAGAAUGCAACAGCAGAGACAUGGAAAGAACUCCUCCGCUACAUGGAGAAUAUGCAGGUGUCCAGAGCCCGGAGCCCAUUUUUUUCCUUUCGUCAACUUCACCAGCUGGAGCAGAUGCUACUGAACACCAGCUUCCCGGGCUACAACCUGACCUUGCAGACACCCGCCAUCCAGUCUCUGGCCUUCAAGCUGAGCUGCAACUUCUCUGGCCUCUCACUGAGCAGUGCCACUCUGAAGCGGGUGCCCCAGGCCCGGGGUCAGCAUGCCCGGGGUCAGUAUGCCUGGGGUCAGCAUGCCAUGCAGUUCCCCGCCGAGCUGACCCGGGACGCCUGCAAGACCCAGCCCGGGGAGCUGCGACUCAUCUGUAUCUACUUCUCCAAUGCCCACUUUUUCAAGGAUGAAAACAACUCAUCUCUGCUUAAUAACUACGUCCUGGGGGCCCAGCUGAGUCAUGGGCAUGUGAACAACCUCAGGGAUCCGGUGAACAUCAGCUUCUGGCACAACCAAAGCCUGGAAGGCUACACCCUGAGCUGUGUCUUCUGGAAGGAGGGAGCCAGGAAACAGCCCUGGGGCGGCUGGAGCCCUGAGGGCUGUCGUACAGAGCAGCCCUCCCACUCUCAGGUGCUCUGCCGCUGCAACCACCUGACCUACUUUGCUGUUCUCAUGCAACUCUCCCCGGCCCUGGUCCCUGCAGAGUUGCUGGCACCUCUUACAUACAUCUCCCUCGUGGGCUGCAGCAUCUCCAUUGUGGCCUCGCUGAUCACGGUCCUGUUGCACUUCCAUUCCAGGAAGAAGAGUGACUCUUUAGCACGCAUCCACAUGAACCUGCACGCCUCCGUGCUGCUCCUGAACAUCACCUUCCUGCUGAGCCCCGCAUUUGCCAUGUCUCCUGUGCCCCAGUCAGCGUGCACGGCUCUGGCUGCUGCCCUGCACUACGCGCUGCUCAGCUGCCUCACCUGGAUGGCCAUCGAGGGCUUCAACCUCUAUCUCCUCCUCGGGCGCGUCUACAACAUCUACAUCCGCAGAUAUGUGCUCAAGCUUGGUGUGCUAGGCUGGGGGGUCCCAGCCCUCCUGGUGCUGCUUUCCCUCUCUGUCAAGAGCUCAGUGUACGGACCCCACACGAUCCCCGUCUUCAACAGCUGGGAGAAUGGCACGGGCUUCCAGAACAUGUCCAUAUGCUGGGUGCGGAGCCCUGUGGUACACAGUGUCCUGGUCAUGGGCUACGGUGGCCUCACGUCCCUUUUCAACCUGGUGGUGCUGGCCUGGGCGCUGUGGACCCUGCGCAGGCUGCGGGUGCAGGCGGAUGCACCGAAUGCCAGGGCCUGCCAUGACACUGUCACCGUGCUGGGCCUCACCGUGCUGCUGGGAACCACCUGGGCCUUGGCCUUCUUUUCUUUUGGCGUCUUCCUGCUGCCCCAGCUGUUCCUCUUCACCAUCUUAAACUCACUCUACGGUUUCUUCCUUUUCCUGUGGUUCUGCUCCCAGCGAUGCCGCUCAGAAGCAGAGGCCAAGGCACAGGUAGAGGCCUUCAGCUCCUCCCAGACAACGCCGUAGUCUGGGCCUCCUGGCCUGGAACCCUCAGCCUCUCUGGCUGCCAGUAGCCUGAGGCCACGGCUCCCACUAGAGGGUGGCAGGCUUGCUACUGGACCCCAGAGGCCACUGUGACCCUCAAGGGGCCUUUUCCACUUCCACAGCCUCUCCAGGCACUGAGGGGAAGGUGUUGCUCUACCUCUCCCUGACAUUUUGCUCCAGGGCAGAUCCAACCUCACCUGGGGCAGCAAACUUUGUCCUGGUACCUGGGCCCAGCUGGCCAGGGAUGUGGGCAGAGCACCAGCCUGGGCAUCAGGAGGCUGAGUUUCAAGACCUGGUUCUGAGUCUGUAUGACCCUGGGCCUGCCACUUCUCACCGACCCUGGGUAUCCACAGCUGUGACAUGGGGGCAAGUGGCUUUGUCCAGCUUAACCUGGGAGCUUAGUAAAGAUUGCAUAAGACCAGGGGGAAGAGUGUCACUAUGGGGUGGGAAUUCCCACAGCCUCCACCUGCUUGCUAGGGGCAGGAUCUCAUCCAAGCUGCCAUGGAAGCACCUGCUUGGCCCUGUCAUAUUCCUCCUGGGGAGGGCCAGACGGCAUCUUGGUUUGGGGCAGGUGGGACCUACCCAGGGUCUGAGACUUUACUGGCCUAUGCCUGAGGCCUCUUUUCCUUUAACUCCCUAAAUUAUGAUGACUCCAAGUCCAAGCCCACCCUUCCCGAAGACUGGGAGGUUCAGCCCUUCCCAGAGCCUCCUCCUGCGUACUCCCAAGACUUCUACAGACCAUUUGGACCAGAAGUCCAUCCCACAGAGUUUUCUUGGCGGGCAGAGGAAAACACUUCUUUCUCCUCCUGCUGAAUCAGCUGGACCCCAGUGACCUGGCUAUUUGGUGAUUGGGCAAGAUUGAAUUUGCCCUGGUAGGCGUGAGAGUGUGGGUUUUAAAUCCAAAGCUCAGGCCAUAGUUGCAGAGAAUCACCCUUACCCCAGACCUGUCAGACCCUGUGGGAGACAGCGCUCAUGAAGCCAGUGCGUUUCCCCGGACGAACACGAGGGGGAGCCGCUGGCCAACACUCAGAGGCCCUUGGCGCCAAGACUGCAUCUGGAAUAGCUCAAACACCUGUUUGCAGACCCCAUGCACCAGCUGGAGGGGCCGUAAUUGCAGGACUGUGCCUGCUGAGUGACCCGCUUCCCUCCAGGAGGAAAGGCAAGACACGUUUACACGGCCAUUUAUCUCUUUUCCCAAUGCGCCGUUGCGCUGUCACUUUUGGGGGCUGCACCCCAGAUGUAGCUGGCACCAGAGCAGCGCUGGGGGAGGUGCUCAGGGCCCUGCCCCAGGCCAUCGGGCAGUUUUGAUGACCUCAAAGGUCACAGGCAGAAAAUGGGAGCAGGAUUUCCUCUGGAAAAGUUCUCCUGGGACAUCUUCUGCUCUUCUGUACAUUUCUAGAUGCAAGUAACUCCUUCACCAAGCAGUGAGUGGCACAGGCUCCGGAGCCAGGGUGCUUGGGCUCCAAUGCCAGCUCUGCCACUUGCUAGCUGUGAGACUGUGGACAAGCCACUCAGCCUCUCUGUGCCUCAGUUUUCCUAUUUGUAAAAUAGAGGCCAGUGGUACCUAUUUUGAGGACUAAGUAAAAUAAUUCAAAUAAAGAGACUUGGCACAGAGUAAGUGCUCAGUAAA